UGGAAAGAAGUCAAUGUAUAUCAAAUAUACCCCAUGUCCUUCAAGGACUCGAAUGGCGAUGGCAUCGGCGACAUCCAAGGGAUCAUAUCGAAACUAGAUUAUUUGAAAGAACUUGGAAUAGACGUUAUCUGGCUCAGUCCUAUAUAUCGGAGCCCAAAUUUUGAUAUGGGCUACGAUAUCUCUGAUUACUGUUCCCUCGAUCCCCGCUAUGGCAGCAUAGACGAUAUGCACCAGUUAUUGAAGGCGAUGAAGGAAAGGGGGAUAAAGCUUCUAAUGGACCUCGUCGUUAAUCAUACCUCACACCUGCAUCCUUGGUUUCUCCAAUCUAGCAGUUCGAAAUUGAGCCCUAAGCGAGACUGGUACAUUUGGCGCCCGCCCCGUAUAGAUGAGUCUGGGAACCGUCAUCCUCCCAAUAACUGGGAUGCAAUAUGGGGAGGCUCCGCUUGGGAGUGGGACGAGAACACACAGGAAUAUUAUCUUCAUCUUUACUUGAAAGAGCAACCAGACUUAAACUGGGAAAACAUCGAAGUCCGCCGUGCCGUGCACGAACUCAUGCGCUGGUGGCUCGAUAAAGGAGUCUCAGGAUUCCGUAUGGACGUCAUCAAUCUUAUUUCCAAACCCGAAGGCUUACCUGACGAGCCGCUUGAGAACGCUGGAUUUACCGUUUUCCCCGUCAGCAUCCCGAAUGGCCCCCGAGUACAUGAAUUCCUUCGUGAAAUGAACGAGGAAGUCAUAUCAAAAUACGAUGCAAUGACGGUCGGAGAAACCCCCUGGACACACGACCCCGCCAUCCUCGCCCGAUACGUAAAACCAUCCUCAAAAGAGCUCAACAUGGUCUUCACCUUUCACCACGUAGACAUAGAUGGAGGUGUCGAAAAUUCUUGGAAACCCAUCCCCUGGAAGCUCUCCUCUUACAAACAAAUCAUCAACAAAUGGCAAACAUACAUGCAUGAACACGAAGGAUGGAAUUCAAUUUUCAUUGAGAAUCACGAUCAAGGGAGAUCACUGUCGCGUUUUGGCAAUGAUUCGGCCGAGUAUAGAAGUAUUUCUGCGAAGAUGCUGGCUGUGGGUCAGAUAUGUCAGGGCGGAACGAUCUAUGUUUAUCAGGGGGAGGAGUUGGGUAUGGCCAACGUGCCGCCUUCAUGGGGGAUCGAGGAAUAUAAAGAUGUGGCGACUCAAUCAUACUGGAAAGCGAUUCUCGAGAAACGUCGCGAAAAUUCAGAGAAUCCAGACAUGUCCGAUAUCCUCAAAGACCUCCGAAAGAAAGCCAGAGACAACGCCCGGACUCCAGUCCAAUGGGACGAUUCGCCGCACGCUGGGUUCACAUCAGAGAAUGCAACCCCCUGGAUGAGGGUCAACGAUGACUACACUCAAUGGAAUGCUACCCAACAGAUGAACGAUCCAAACAGCGUACGAUUCUUCUGGAAACGAGCGCUAGCAUUCAGGAAAGCUCAUCCAGUCCUGAUCCAUGGAAGUUUCCGCCUCAUAUCCCCCUCGGAUGAAAGAGUUUUCGCAAUCGAGCGUCAACACGGCGAUGUAACCGCUAUUAUAGUGAUCAACUUCAGCGGCAUCAAUGUGAACUUCUCCUUCCCCCAAGACAGCAAGAUUCCUAAAGGAUUAAAGCUUCAAUUGUCAAAUUACGAGAACACGGACGAAACACUGGAAAACAUAUCUCCAACUUUGGUCAAUCUCAGACCAUACGAGGCACGAGUAUAUCUCUAA